UCAUGUUUGCCUAUAGAAGAAUGUUGAGUGGUGGAGUACUUUCCCCACUUACAAAGAUUUCCAUAGAUCUCACUUUAUUAUCAGCAUCUUUAUUGUAUUAUUUGAUUAUUAAUAAUUAAGUUUAUCAUCUAAAAUAGGAGUCACUUCUGUCAUGAGAGAUCUAGUACCUUUACGUAAGAAAUUGUUAAAUGAACCAGAUGUUGAUUAUUUAAGACAUCUUCUUAGUAAAUAUCAUAAAUUUGAUUUUUACAAAGAAAAUGAAUUUACAUUAUAUCAUGAUGUAUUAACAGCAUCUGAAUACAAAGAAUGGAAAGAGUUACAUAAAUUUGAUGUAACCAAAUUCUGA